GGGCUCCUGGAGCUGCGGGCGCACGGCGGACCCGGAGUGAGUGACGCUGGUGGAUGGACGCCGCUCCCCGGUUCAUGCUGUUCACAGCACGGCCAUGACGGGCAUCCAGGACCCAGACCUGCGUGAGCAACACAGAGGACCAACGCAGGAGGAAGAGGAUGAGGAGGAGGAGGGGGAGAAGGUGCAUGUGUCAGUUGAGGGAGAUGAGAGGGAACAGAAGGGGGAGGAUGAAGAGGAGAAGGAAAAGGAAGAGCUGCCGUACCCCUCUCUAGCACCAGUGGUUCUUUUGGCUCUGACCCAAACUAGUCCACCCCGGUCCUGGUGCCUUCGAGCUGUCUGCCACCCGUGGUUUGAGCGUGUGAGCAUUUUGGCCAUCCUGCUGAACUGCGUGACUCUGGGGAUGUUCCAGCCUUGUGGCCACACCCCCUAUUUUCUGCAGGCUUUGGAUGAUGGCAUCUUUGUGUUUUUUGCGGGGGAAAUGGUCGUGAAGAUGGUGGCUCUCGGGGUCAUAGGUCAGAGCGGUUACCUAGGCGACACAUGGAACAGAUUGGACUUCUUCAUUGUUUUAGUGGGAAUGCUGGAGUACUCGCUGGAUGGACACAACGUCAGCUUAUCAGCUAUCCGGACUGUUCGGGUUCUCCGCCCGCUGCGAGCCAUCAAUAGAGUUCCCAGUAUGCGCAUCCUAGUGACCCUCCUGCUGGACACACUUCCAAUGCUGGGAAACGUGCUGGCGCUGUGCUUCUUUGUCUUCUUCAUCUUCGGGAUUGUUGGCGUACAGCUGUGGGCGGGGCUACUGAGGAACCGCUGUUUCAUGGGAGAGGAUGUCAAGAUGAAAUAUAACAUUUCCUUCCUGAAUGGUUACUAUCGGCCCGAUGGCACAGAUGACCACCCCUUCAUCUGCUCCACGGAAAGAGAAAACGGGAUGCUUCGGUGCUCCGAUGUGCCUCGCCGCCGAGUAGGCAGGAUUUCCUGCUUGCUGGAUGCUGGGGAUGCCCUGCCAGAGAUGGGCCUUAGAGUAGAUGAGCAAGGGUCCUGUGUGAACUGGUAUCAGUAUUACAAUGAGUGUCGGGCUGGGGAAUUAAACCCACACAAAGGAGCUAUUAACUUUGAUAACAUUGGAUAUGCAUGGAUUGCCAUUUUUCAGGUAAUUACUCUUGAAGGUUGGGUAGACAUCAUGUACUAUGUCAUGGAUGCACAUUCUUUCUACAAUUUCAUCUACUUCAUUUUCCUCAUUAUAGUGGGCUCCUUUUUCAUGAUCAACCUGUGCCUGGUCGUAAUUGCAACCCAGUUUUCUGAAACAAAACAGAGAGAACACGCCUUAAUGAAAUCGGAGCAGCGCGCCCGCCAGCUCCACCAGUCAGCCUCCACGCUGGCCAGCGAUAGCCAACCAGGGAGCUGCUACGAGGAAAUCAUCCGCUACCUGGCGCACCUGGGCCGAAAGGCAUGGCGACGGCUCUCCCGCUGCUAUGCUCAGACACGCAUACGCUUUCACUGCUCGUGUGUGUGCCACAGAGACCGAGGUGGCGGAUCUGCCAGAGGAGGUGGGGUUGGGGAGAUGAACGGUCUCGCCCACCGGCACUCAGGCCACGCCCCUAAUGACUUGUCACACCUUCAUCAGCUUUAUCAUCAUCAUCAUCACCAGCAUCAUCACCAAAACCAUCAGCCUCAACGUGACCCCGCUGUCAGUAAUGGAGGCACUGGCUUUAAUUAUCCCUUCAUAGCACCCCUCUUCAGUCACCUGGAUGCAAAGGACCAGGACCAGAAGAGGCUGGUUGCUACGGAUACCAGCAACAGACUGCCGCAGUUGGUGCUGGAGCACGGAGGCUGUGCUGGGCAUCCUGCUCUACUGUUGCCGGGUGAAGUCCCUGGAGAGUCCUCAGUAUGCCCGUACUGCAUCUACUACAACCAACUUAGUGACAGUGAAAAUAUUAACGAGCAGCCUGAAGACCACCGGCGCGGCCACGGCCACUCGUGUCAUAGUAACAGCCCGUGUCACUGUAGCAGCCCCUGCCUCAGUGAUGCACAGCUAUCUGAGCCAAAGAAGAGGCUGUGGGAGCGCGGCUGGGCGAGACUCAAAACUAAAUUGGAACUUAUUGUUGGCAGCAGAUACUUCAGCAGAGGAAUCAUGAUUGCCAUCCUUAUUAAUACUCUGUCGAUGGGUAUAGAGUACCACGAGCAGCCGCAGGAGCUGACAGAUAUUUUGGAGAUCAGUAACAUGGUAUUCACUAGUCUCUUCAGUCUCGAGAUGCUGCUAAAGCUCCUGGCUCUCGGGCUCUUCGGCUACAUCAAGAACCCUUACAACGGCUUUGACAGCGUCAUCGUCAUCAUCAGUGUGUGGGAGGUUGUGGUUGAGGCUGAGGGAGGGUUGUCGGUGCUGCGCACCUUUCGCCUGCUGAGGGUUUUGAAGCUGGUCCGGUUCCUUCCUGCGCUUAGGAGGCAGCUGGUGGUGCUGAUGAAGACCAUGGACAAUGUGGCCACAUUUUGCAUGUUGCUGAUGCUUUUUAUAUUCAUAUUCAGUAUCUUGGGGAUGCAUCUGUUCGGCUGUAAAUUUGGUUUGCGACAAGACAGUGGAGACACUUUACCUGACAGAAAAAACUUUGACUCUCUGCUCUGGGCGACUGUCACUGUCUUUCAGAUCCUCACCCAGGAGGACUGGAACGCGGUGCUCUAUAACGGGAUGGCCUCCACGUCGCCGUUGGCUGCCCUCUAUUUUGUCGCCCUCAUGACCUUUGGCAACUACGUCCUCUUCAACUUGCUCGUAGCCAUUUUGGUCGAGGGCUUUCAAGCUGAAGGAGAUGCUAACAGAUCUGAAGCAGAUGACGACAGACACUCGGUGUGUUACGAGGAUGAGGAGAAGUUGAGAGAGCUGUACGCUGCAGAGCUCAAGAUCCAGGCCAUGAUGCUGAGUCCCAAUGGUCUCCUGAACCCAAAAGCCUCCAUGCCUCCCCCUCCUCCUCCUCCUCCAUCCCUGCCAGUCAUCACACACACUGCAGCCACACCCACCAUAAACUCCAACCAGUCACGCCGGGCCAGUGGUGCUUCUGUGGAAAUCAACAGCCUGGAGCAAAGGUCGCCGUUGUCUUCACAGUCCCUGUGGGACAGCGGGCCGGAGAGCCGUCGCUCCAGCUGGACCAGCAUCGGCCGAGCCCCCAGCCUCCACAGGAAGAGCCAGUCCGGAGAAAUGGAGUCCCUGCUGUCUGACACGCACUCAAGCUCCAAAGCCAGCAGCAGGGAGCAGUCUCUGGACCAGUCGGAGUUCCUGCAAGUGCCAAUGCUUCUCUCCCCCGACUGUAACGGCACCACCUUUCACCUGCCAGACCACUGCUACGACGAUGCUCCCCUGACGUCGCAUUACCACAGCGAUCAAGAAGAAGAGGAGAUUGAGGAGAGUUUAUGUAAGAGGCUGAAGAAGUUACUGGAGCCAUAUGAGCCUCAGUGGUGCCUGGAGCAUGAAGAGUGGUCCCUCUAUCUAUUCGCCCCACACAACCAGUUCCGGGUGUGGUGUCAGAGGGUCAUAGGUCACAAGAUGUUUGAUCACGUCGUCCUCCUUUUCAUCUUUCUUAAUUGCAUCACUAUCGCCCUGGAGAGACCUGACAUACAGCCCAACAGCAUGGAACGGAUGUUUCUCAGUGUGUCCAAUUACAUCUUCACUGUGAUCUUCGUGGGCGAAAUGAUGAUCAAGGUGGUAGCUAUGGGUCUGUACUUUGGAGAGGGUGUGUACCUGCAGAGCAGCUGGAACAUUUUGGAUGGGUUGCUGGUGUUUGUGUCACUGGUGGACAUCCUGGUGUCCAUCGCAUCCGCGGGUGGGAAUCGGAUCUUAGGCAUCCUCCGGGUCCUUCGCCUUCUCCGCACACUUCGACCACUCAGGGUGAUAAGUCGGGCUCCAGGUCUAAAACUGGUGGUCGAAACUCUGAUCACAUCUCUCAGACCAAUUGGGAAUAUUGUCCUGAUCUGCUGUGCUUUUUUCAUUGUGUUCGGAAUUCUGGGAGUUCAGCUGUUUAAAGGGAAAUUCUUCUACUGUGAUGGGAUCAAUGUGAGCAACAUCACCAAUAAAACUGAGUGUCUGCAGGCUGGUUACCACUGGCUUCGACGUAAAUACAACUUUGACAAUCUGGGACAGGCGCUGAUGUCGCUCUUUGUGCUGUCGUGUAAGGACGGCUGGGUCAGCAUCAUGUACGACGGCCUGGAUGCUGUGGGUGUGGACCAGCAGCCAAUAAGAAACCACAGUCCUUGGAUGCUGCUGUUCUUCAUCUCAUUCCUGCUCAUUGUCAGCUUCUUUGUACUCAACAUGUUUGUGGGCGUGGUGGUGGAAAACUUUCACAAGUGUCGGCAGCAGCAGGAGGAGGAAGAGGCCCGGCUGAGGGAGGAGAAACGACAGAGGCGAUUGGAGAAGAGGAGGAGAAGGGCCCUUGAGAAGCCAUAUUACUCCGACUACUCCCCGUUACGUCGAACCAUCCACACCGUGUGCACCAGCCACUACCUGGAUCUCUUCAUAACCAUCAUCAUCUUCACAAACCUCCUCACCAUGAGCAUGGAGCACUACAACCAGCCUAAGUACCUCGAGGAGAUACUGAAGUAUUGCAAUUAUGUGUUCACGCUGGUCUUUGUCAUCGAGGCCAUUCUUAAACUCAUCGCUUUUGGCCUUCGGCGCUUUUUCAAAGAGAGAUGGAACCAGCUGGACCUCGCCAUUGUGCUGUUGUCCAUCAUGGGUAUCACGCUGGAGGAAAUAGACCUGAGUGCUUCCCUGCCCAUCAACCCCACAAUUAUCCGCAUCAUGAGGGUCCUCAGGAUAACACGAGUGCUGAAGCUGUUAAAGAUGGCGACGGGAAUGAGAGCUCUGUUGGACACAGUGAUGCAGGCGCUGCCUCAGGUGGGGAAUCUGGGUCUACUCUUCAUGUUGCUGUUCUUCAUCUAUGCAGCUCUGGGAGUUGAGCUCUUUGGAAAACUGGAGUGCUCAGAAGAGAACCCGUGUGAGGGUCUCAGUCGCCACGCUACCUUUGACAACUUUGGCAUGGCUUUCCUCACGCUCUUCAGGGUGUCCACUGGGGACAACUGGAAUGGGAUUAUGAAGGACACACUGCGUGAGUGUCGCCCGCAGGAUCGCCACUGCCUCACCUACCUGCCCUUGAUCUCUCCGGUUUACUUCGUCACCUUCGUGCUGACGGCUCAGUUUGUGCUGGUCAAUGUGGUCGUGGCCGUUCUGAUGAAGCACCUGGAGGAGAGCAACAAGGAGGCUCAGCUAGAGGAGAUGGAGGAGAGGAGGGAGAGGGAGGAGAGGGAGAGGGAGAGGGAGGAGGCCAGCCGACGCCUCAGUACCGCGUCUGUGGGCGGAGAUUUGGAGCUGGACACACCCGCCCAGGUGCAAGUUGAGGAUGAGGAGUGUUCCCAUGGCAACCUGGUGAGCAUGGGACGCAUGCUCUCCCUCCCCAGCGACAGCCACGCUCAGCCACUCAGAUGCUCUCCUUAUCCACUCAUUGGCCACGAGGCGUUCUCCAGCUACAGCUACUCAGGCUCCAUGUCAUCUCUGGGCUCCAGUGGAGGCGGCUCCCUGCUGCAGGUUCCAGGAGCUCUGCCAGCCAUCAGCCACGCUUCGCUGGGGUCUGGACGCAGCUCAAGGCCAAUGAUCUGCCUCAGCACAUCUCACAGCAUCGACAGGCACUCCUCACACAGACUCAGCUCAGCUAACAGCAUAGAAGGAUACAGGUUUAGUCCAACUCACAGAGCCAAGAGACAUAGACUGAACUCGGCUCACAGUAUAGAUGGAUAUAGAUUCAGCCCAGCCCAUCGAAUCAAUAGACACAGACUCAGCUCUGCCCACAGUAUGGACGGAUACAGGCUGAAUCCGGAUCACAGCACAGAGAGGCCAAAGCUCAUGUCCAGCCACAGCAUAGACAGGCAUCCGUCACUCAGACUGAGCCCCACAAACAGCGGCGGCAGACGUCCUUCUCUCUGGCUCAGCCCUGAAGACAGUUUAGACAGAAACAAGUUGAGCCCCUCCUACGUCCCUGACAGUUCAGCCACGAAGAGACCCGCAUCCUUCCGCACUGCAAGCAGACAGUUAAGGAGACAGGAGGCUGUGCGCCUCGACUCUCUGGAUCAGAGCUCAGCCGACGAUCUGGCGGAGUCCCACCUCACUGUGCCCGUGGCCUCUUCCACCCCACCACGGCAGCGAUCGUCCAGUGUUCACACAGUGAAAUAUACACACUCACAGAGGGUCAUCUCAUGCAGGAGCCACAGCCGGAGCCACAGCGACACCACUGCACAAGAACACGUACCUGAGCAGGCGGUCUGUGGCUCUCAGCCAGAAGCAGAUUUUGAGAAGACGCCUGCCAGCCAGCAGAGCUUGAAGGUCCCCAGCGGUGAAUCCACCCUAUCUGUUCCGCUCUGCAGCUCUAGAGCAGCCAGCCCCAGCCCCGUCUCUGGCUCAGGCCCUGCCCCACAGCCGGAUGACGCUGACGUAGAGGUCAGCUGUGUUAACAAUUCUGUUCACUCUCACACACAACCUCCUGGCUCCUCGCACAAAAGUAGACACCUUACCCCGAGCCCUGGGGAGCACAGGAGCCGCCUCAGCCAUUCAGUGUCGCCGAUUUCAGGCAGGAACAGGAAGCAGCGAAUGAGCCCGCCGCCUGGGGAGGACCCAGUUCCAGUGACAACCCAACUAACUGACAGCAGCAUUGAGCUGAGGAGGCGGACUCUGUCAUUUGACGCCACAAGCCCCUCUCCUAAUCAGCCAGAGGGAAGUUCUGCAGAAGACUAAACAAACCCAGUAAUGGGGUUGGUUAUUCUUUAAAGUGGAGGACCCGAAUGUGCUGCUUUAGCACACGAGCAGGACGGGAGCCGUGGGCCUAAACAGGAUUAUACUCGUCUCCUGUCCCACCCCUCAUCUCGUGUGCUCAUAAGGUUUUCAUAGGUUGUGUGAGCAGGACUCAUUCAAACUGUGCGUGUACUGAGUGUGUAUGUGUUCAAAGACUUGGACCCCUUUGUGCUAUUUGCACACGAGAUGCACACAAGAAGAAGUUUCCUUUUCUUCGCUCAUAGUUCUAGCUUUAGUUCAGUCAUAGAGUCACUUUGCAGCUAUAUUACUCAAACACUAACCUUCCCCUUGCUUGCUCUGCUUUUCCGUGGACCUCAAACCUAGGUCAAAACUACUUUGAAGGUGCAUUAAAGAUUAAGUUAAGAGACCGGACAGCUGGGGCUGCAACUACCGAUUAGUCUACACAACAUCAAGGUGACAUUUAAUCACUUUUUUUUUUUUUUGUUUGACAGAAUGACCAAAUCCCAGCAAGUUGAUUCUGUUCAUCUGGAUGCAGCAUUUCCAGUGACAGAUUCUUCAGCCAUCCAAGUGACUGAAGACUGGUGAAGUUCUGCAUUUUUGAAUGUCAAGUGACCAAUGAAAAAGUCACUUGGAUGAGUGAUGAAACGUUCCUCCCACCAAACACGCAGUGUCCAGAUGAACAGAAUCAAAUUUCUUGGAUUUCCUUCCCAAAUGGAUCUUCAGUUUAGUAUGAUUUUGGAGAAAGGGGGCCAAACUCAUUCAGGUUCUUGGGCUUCAUACGGCCAGUUUGAUCACACACACCAACAACACCUCAAAAUGCUCCCCCUUUCUUGUUUAUUAAACCACCUAUUUACAGAACAGGUGACGAAUAAUCCUUAGAAAAAUAAGUGUGAAUUCAACAGUAUGUUGAACUCCUUGACUUAGCCACCUUAUGUAGGUAUGGUACAGUGAGUAAGAAAGCAGUAAAACUAACAACUCAGACCUCUGGCUCGGGUGAGUUCAGUAAAGCCCCUUGCAGCAUCUUUACUUGAAAAUUCAUCCAUCAGUUAUUAAUAUCAAGAGCUGCCGACCGUUUUCUUUGGACUAACCCUUUGAUCAACAAGCUGUUUCGGCUCUCGUUCAGUCAAUAAGGUUUGAUGCUUUUUCUAAUUUGUAGACCGGAACUUUAAUAGAAUCGCCAACUUUGUUCUCUGCGAUGCACAAAAUACAGUUUAUGUUUACAAAAGUGGUUUUAAGUGGUAGAAUUACAAAAACUAAUUUUUAAAAGAAAAACAUUCUUAAUUUGUAACUGAACACCUACAGUAUCUAGAUGGUGCAGGCACAAUGCCAUUUUAUAAGAGACUUAUACCUCCAAAACAGUAAUAAUUAAACCUGUACAGCAGCUUGUUGAAUAUAUCAUAAUAAGAAUUUUAUAUUAAAGGGACUUUUUGAUUUUGAAUACGAUUCAUCUCCUGUUUUUUUCAUACAUCAUGACCUACAGUAAACUUCUGGGCGUUGCCUGGUUGCUCACAGGCUGAGAAAACCUUGAUAUCUUGUUGAUUUUUCGCCUGUAUGCGCCCAUCCCUGACAGUCUGAAAAAUCAAUCUGCUCUUUGAACCUUUAAGUUAAAAUCAUGUAGUGUGACCUAGGCCUUAGUAGUUUCUACCUCGCUUUUUCCCGAUCCCACCCACUCAAAACGUUCAGUCUGCUCAGUUUUCUCACUCCCCUCCACGUCCCCUCUCUCUCUGUCUUAGUAUUCUCAGGGUAGAGGUAGUUCAGACACAGCUGAGUGUGACGCCUGUGAUCGGAGCUCUGCGGAGUUGGAGUGCCCUCUGCUGGCCCCUGUCUCCUUAUAUACUGAGUUAUACUGUACAGGUGCAUAGUUAUGAUUCAGACAGACACUGAUGUAAAGAAGGGCUUAUUCAGGCGAUAAUACGUAAAACUUUGUAGAAAAGGUUGAGAGUCUAUUUUAUUAACACAGUAAGGAUGAUAUGAGAACUACAAAGGUGAAUUUCUACACUUUUGAAUGUCAAUUUAUCUGCUGGUGACGAUGAUGAGGAUGGAUGAUGGGGGGUGUCAGUGUUACUGGAUGGAUGUCAGUUAUAAUGAUGACUCUGGAUGAUGCAAAUGUUCCUAAAGUCGUAUAAUGUUCCUGCAUAUUUAUGGAAGCAGGGAAAGAUACAAAGAGAGGAGAUGA